CCGAGCCACCUGAAAGAGGAUCCUAUUACCGGAAGUUACACAGCUUGUUGUCACCUGGGUGGACUCCUCAGGUGAGAGCAGACGGUAAAUGCUGAGGAAACCUCGAUAGGGUCAAUUAAGCGUAGGGAAAUAUCUUUAUUCGACGUAAGGGAAGUUUGUGUGGAACUUUCAGUUCCUUUUUUCAGGAAUAUAUUACAGAAGGGACGCCGUCGUGUGGCAGAACAGCUGGGCGACAUGUUUUUCACCGGGUUGGUUUCGGUGGCUUUGUCCCUCUUCGCUGCAGCAGGUGUGAGUGGAUUUUCAGUCACAACCAGCAACAACAACGUGCGGGUCAAAGAGAAUCAAGGGACUGACCUCACAUGCUCGUACUCGGGAGACUUCGGUUCCGCUGCCAGGGUUGAGUGGAAAUUUAAAGACUUAAAAGGCUCACAGACGUAUGUUGUGUUCGAUGGGAAACCAACACAGACGUACGCCGGCCGAGUGACCAUGUACGGCAAUAACCUGAGAUUUGCCAAAGUGACCCGUGCUGACAACGGAGUGUACGACUGCGAAGUGUCCGGCAACGGCCAGUUUGGGGAAAUCCCAGUGCAGCUGACUGUGAUGGUGCCUCCAUCUCCGCCCCUGUGUAGGGUCCCUUCCUCAGUGACGACGGGCAAGGUGGCCCUGUUGACCUGCCAUGACGGCGCUGGCUCUCCUCCCCCCACAUACAGGUGGUACAAAGGGGUCACCCUUCUGCCUGUUGAACCCAGCAAGAACGCUGGAUUCAAAAACUUCACUUACAAGCUGAAUGCAGUCAGCGGCAACCUGGAUUUUCCUGCUGUAACCCAGAUGGACUCCGGAGAGUACUACUGUGAGGCCGUCAACGAUGCUGGUCCUCCGCAGCGCUGUAAAAGCCUGAAAAUGGAAGUCCGUGAUUUCAACACUGGAGGAAUUGUGGCCGGGGUUAUUGUGGCUCUGCUGCUCGUGCUGCUGUUGGGACUUGGCAUUUGGUAUGCCAACAAGAAAGGAUACCUGCCCAAGAAAACGGAGAGCAAACCAAAAACCAGCGUGGUGUACCAGCCCACAUCUUUGCAUGCCGGUGCCGGUGGUGAUGAUGAAGAUGGGGAAUUCAAACAGAAGUCGUCCUUCGUUGUAUAGUCUUCAAAAGGGAGAUAACCUUUGUCUUAAAUGUCUCUCUGUGUGCGAAGGUUUUAGUGAUUCCUGUCUUUUUAUUAGCUCCUAAAUGGCAGUUUUUACAGACCAGUGUGAUUGUUUUGAGUUGAAUUGAACUGUUUGCAUCAUUGUCUGACAUGCUUCAAGGUUAUAGGACAUUAUUUAAUUCAGGCAGGCUGUGAGGUCUGUCAGGCUUUUAUAGGUUGUUUUAAUGCAAUGACCCGUGGCUACUUGUGACCCGCUCCAACCUCAAAUGAUAUACUAUCUGUGCCUGUAUUGUGUUUCUCUGUGCCUCCUAAUAAUGUAUCUUUGUGUUUUUUCAUUUUUUAACAACCAAGUGUACAAUAUUGUUUUCCUAAUAAAAUUUUAUCUUGUAAAUAACUAAACAGUUUUUACAUUUGUAAUUUAAAUGUUAUCCCUGAGCUUCCUGACAUUAACUUGAAACUAUACUACUUCUGCUUUUAUGACAUUAACAAUUCUGAGUUAAACUUGUAUUAUAUCUGUCUGCUCUUGGUGUCUGAUUUGUACAUUUUUAACUUUUUAAAAUGACAUUUAAUCAACUAUGUGGUAUUAGCAGGGUGUAGAAUAACAAUUCAGUCAGCUUCCUGUUAAAUCAAACGGACAUCAGCCUUCCUGUUAAGUGCAAGUUGACGACGAUGUGUUUUAAAAUAGUUUUAAAUAAUUACCCGCCUGUUUGUAAGGCCUCUAAUGUUGCCUUAUAUUAAUGAUAAAUUAUCCAAACGGUUGGGAGAUGAUGGUCCUAUUCGUAGUUCCUUCUACCUCCAUGCACUAAGAUUAUAUUAUUAGUUACCCUUGACAUUUUUUAAAUUCUCAGGUCUUGUGUUUAAGUGGUACGAUCAUGUCAGACAUCAAUAUAUCAUGAGUUUAUAUAAUCUUUCAGGUACAAUAUUUGCAUUUACAACACUAUUUUCUAUAUUGCUUCUUCUUUCAUGUGUGGACAAUUGAGAGCUGAUAAAUGAGCUGAUGAUUGUUGCUUUGUCUUAUAUUUGGUUAAUAAAAUGUCGUUGAUAAA